CAGCCAUGGCGGACAAGGUGACCACCAAUGCCCUGGAGCUGGCUGAGCGCUCGGUGGUGCUUGCGCGCAACCUCACCAGCAAGGACGCGGGUGUUGAGCCCGAUGGCAAAGGCUUUGGUGGCAAGGGCGUGGUAGCUGGGCAGCUGUUCGGGGGGCGCAUGUUUACGAGUGAAUUCAAGCGUGCGGCCGGCCUGGCCUUCACCUUUGUUGGCAAGUUUGGCGUGGGCAUCACCCUGGAGAAGGGCCGCGGCUUUGUGAUUGCCAAGACCGCGGCCGGCUGGUCUGCGCCACUGUUCGUGACCAUAUCCGGCGCGGGUGUGGGCGCCACCGUGGGCUUCACUGAGAUCGAGUCUUGCAUCGUGCUGGCCUCCCCCGCAUCCGUAGAGCGCUUCACGAAGGCCAGCCGGGAGUUUGGGUCUGAGGUUGGGGCGGCAGCAGGCACAGUGGCAGCCCACACCAGCACCCCUUCCGUCACUUCCGACUUUGGAUCCGACUUCUCGUACUCGAUAUCCAGUGGCGCCAUCAUCGACUUCAGCUAUCAGGGCAUGAAGCACGCGGUGGAUGAGGAGACCAACCACAGCCUGUACGGCGCACAGGCCACACCCGAGGCAAUUCUGGGGGGCUCGGUGCCGCCCCCUCCGGCCUUCGAGGCUCUGUACACCUUCCUGGCUUCUUCCGUGUAAAGCUGCAGGCGGUGCAAGCGGUGAUGUGAAACCGCCACAGCAACGACACAGCCCAGUUUGAAUGUCCUGGCUCUUGAAGCAGGCAUUGGAGCCCCUUCUUCAUACAUCCACCGGUUUGUAUUGUUUCCUAUCUUUAAUCAUGCUACUUGUAGCUGUGUGGCGCCUGGGAGGAAGGUACAACAGAAGAUGUAGCAAACAAUGCAGACUGGAGGAAAGGUGUAAAAAAUACAUGGGG